AUUUAAUUUUUUUGUAGAAUUUUGCAUAAUUUCCGGCAGGGAAAUGCGAUAAGUUUUCGCAAAGUUACAAGUAUUUGAAGUCGAGUGGAAUUUUGGUACAAAUUUUUGUUGCGUUAAUUUUGUUGCGCAGUGUAUGUGAAUACUCUGAAAUAUUCCAUUUCUAAGAUUUCUCAUUCUACAAAUACUGAAAAACUCGUAAAAAUCUUAUAAGAUUAAGUCUGAAAUUAUAUUGUAUAAAAAAUCUGAAAAAUUCAUCCUAUUUUGAGAAGAGUUGCCUUUAAAUUUUUUUUCAAACUUCAAUAACCAAUCUUUAUCUUUACUGGAUAAAAGAUUUUUGUUACGUAUCUCACAUCAUUAACAAAGAUGUAAUUUGUUCUCUAUCUGCUGCCAAUACUCGAGUACCCGGAUAUCUUGAAUAUCACUCGGAUAUUUGGCAGCUUUCCAUCUGGAAAAUAAUGUCAAAUCAAAUGAUACAAUGCAUUUUGAUAUAUUUGCUCUUUUCACGCAGACAAGCUAAUGAAUGGCACUGUUUUACAUACAAAUUCAAUAUCGUUAUUGCGGAUAUAAUUUAUAACAAAUAAACAUGCAAACGCAAGUUUUCAGCAGGAAAAAACAAAAGGCAUUGGUAAAACGACGGUGUGCAAAAGGAUUGCGUCUAUGCUGGAGAAAAGGGGCAGCAGGUUCGACGGAUUUUACACGGAGGAGGUGCGAGAUCGGAACGGCUCCAGGAUCGGCUUCGACAUCGUGGGAGUGAAGGAUCCUGGGGGGAGAUUACCCUUGGCGCGGCUAAAGGGUCUAACAGAGGCUCCAAAGUCUUCCGCUCAAGUGGGAAACUACCGCGUUCUCCUGAAUAAUUUCGAGACUGUAGCGCUGCCAAUAUUGGAUCUGGACACUGAUGUACUGCUUGUCGACGAAAUCGGUAAAAUGGAAUUAUUCAGCAAGGAAUUCAAGAAGAAAGUAACGGACAUGUUCUUCGGUUCUUCUAAGAAAGCCUUCGUGAUCGGGACUAUCCCGCAAAUGCACAAAGUGCCGCAGCAACACGCGGAGCUAUUCGGCAAGUUACAAGCAGACAAAAGGAUAAAAAUUCUGAACGUGACUCGUGAAAAUCGGAAUGAUCUGCCAGAGGAAAUUAUUCGUUACGUCUCAUAAAUUUCUGUCGCUUAGCACACCGUUAUUCGUUAGUCGCGCAAAAUAAAGUAUCAAUUUACGUAUGUACAUCAUAAAUGUCAUUUAUUAUUAACAAAAAACAAAAUGUUAGAUCAAAGAUUUCUCCAAUCACGACAGAUUUGUAAAAAAAUUGUCACAAAUAACGUGACGCAUAGUGAUUGGCUGAAACAUUGUACUACAUAAUUACGCUAGUUUCUUUGCAUUUAUGUAUUCUCUCUCGCUCUCUUCCUCUCUGUAAUAAUUACUAUAUUUCAUUGAAACUCCACCGUUGGUCGUUAAAGAAUCAAUUAAAAGUUUAAAAUUCUGCGCUUCGUAUAAAUAAUAGAUUAUAAAAUCAAUACGCUUCACGGGAAUAUCUUCGAGAUCAAAAAUUCCUUCUGAUGUGUACGCGCAACACAUAGGUAUCUUUAACGAACAAGGCGGUCAUUGAUUGAGGGUACAAAAUAGAAACGUUCUCUUCGCGCCAUUUUAUUACAAAUGAACACAAAUCGCCAGAUGCUUGACGAGCCGUGUUUUCUUAUCUACGAUAAGAAAAGUCUGAUAGAUUUGUUUGCCUGUUGUAAAAAUAAGCAAACCUUUCUCGCUUUUGUACCCGUCAAUUUUAUGCAUUUCUCACCGCGCGUAUUUUAUAAUACAGGAAAUUCAUCGUUCGAUCUCCUAGAAAGAAUAUAAUAAUUAUUGUUGCGGAGAAGCCUAAAGUGUCUCUUACCUUCCCCAUUUCAGUAUCAAAUAUAUUACGCACACUUUGAUUGGA